UGGGACCCCCUCCUGGUGCACGUGGUGUCGGACAGCCGGAGGAAGCAGCAAUACACCGCCAUCCGGCCCUGCCCUGAGUUCAUGCCGAUCCUCAGCUACUGCAGGUUCGUCUCCAGGGGCCAGCCCUGCAAGCACAGCCCACAGCGCUGCCAGUACGCGCACAGCGACGUGGAGAUGGCCGUCUGGGAAGCCGAGAGGGAGCACGGCUUGGUUCGCUCCGACCUGUUGCCGGCCACGGAGACCUGCAGCUCCAACGGCGAGCUGGCGGCGCCUGCGCCGGUGCACUUCUACUGCCGGGUCUGUCUGGUGACCUUCAGCUCGCAGGAGAGCUUCGAGAGCCACUGCUCCUCCGUCGAACACAUGCAGAUGCUCUCGGCCGACACUUCUGUCCAGUGGGUCCACCGCGCGCCGCCACUCGGGCUGAGCAAGUUCUCGCUGUGUAGCAGAGCGGAGGUGUGCGAAAUGGGGGACAGCUGCACCAAGGCUCAUUCCGCCGAGGAGCUGCAGGAGUGGAUCCAGAGGGUGAAGGUUGCUGUGAAGAAAAAGAAGCAAGCACUGAAGGAAGGGCUCUUGUCCUACCAGGACCGGCUCAUUGCCGAGUAUCGGAUGUGCUCCAACGAGGUGUUGAUUAUGGCUGAGCAUGUCGAGGGUGCCAGAGUUGUGUGUGAGCAGCCUCUGCACGUACAGUUGGAGGACAGGAGGAUGAAAUACCAGUGGAAGUUCAGGGUCCACUCCCAGAUGCCUCUGCAGCACGUGGCGCUGCUGAAACGGGAACCUGGAGUCAACUUCUACCUCUCGGGGAAUGGGCUUUCCCGGGGCCUCCACUACCUUCGGGGGCAGCACGUGGCCACCCUGCCUUCCUCCCCACCCACCGCACUGGUGGAGGUCUGCGUGGAGUGCUGCACGCUGGGCGUCUUCGAGCAGUGGGUGGUGUUUGACUUCGGCAGACGCCCCGUCCUCAUGCAGAAGAUCAAGGUGAAGGUGGGCCGGCGGGAGACCCCCCAGCAAGUCCCCGGCAGCAGGGAGAGCAGCCGCCCCGUCAACUUUGUGCGAUGGGAUAGAGGUAACCGGAUCAUCGUUCCCAGCGUGCCAAGGACUGGUGAAGAUGUGGAUCUGCUGGCCAAGUACAAACCUCCUGCUCUCGCGCUGGACUACCAGCGCGAAGGUGGUGCAACCGUCCCCAUCACCCGUCUCAACUAUCGCGAGAGGAUGCACAGCUUCCUCUUCCGUGAGGAAGAAGCCGAACAGGCUCUGAUUGCCAAACUCAACCUGCGGGUCCUUAUCUCGCUGACCCCCAUGCUGCAAAGCCUCUCCAUGGGGAUGAAGUUUGCCCUCUCUGGUGAGCUGUUUGCUGAAGUGCCUACCCCUUAUAACCUCUCGCCGGACACAGACGAGGGCUAUCUGCUGAGCAGGUCUGUGCCCACUGCUUUCCUGGCACUUGACCCACCUGCAGACAAUCGGGUUUACGAGGUUAGUGUGGAGCAUAAAGCCACCACAGAGAACACCAUCUGGCUACAGAUACCAAAGAGAUGCUGCUCAGAGCUGAACUUCAAGCCAAACACCUCCCACAAGGUGGAGAUCCAGUUCCAAAUCGACCAGCUGCUGUUCCGGCAGUGGCACCAGGCUGUGGACCGCUUGUUGGAUGAGAAGCUGGUCCUACCAGAUGUUGCCAGUUGCUCUGUCCCCUACUCUCUUGGGUCACCACAGAAAGGGAAUAGAAAGCAGAAACUAGCCAUCUCCUUCAUCACGGGCCGGGCAACCAGCAGCCGGCAGGUCCCACCUCUUCUCAUCUACGGGCCUUUCGGCACAGGCAAGACGUUCACCUUGGCCAUGGCCACCAUGGAGAUCCUCAGGCAGCCCAACACACGGGUGCUGAUCUGCACUCACACUAACAGUGCUGCUGACAUCUACAUCCGGGAGUAUUUCCAUAACUACGUGACCAACGGGCAUCCGUGGGCUGUUCCCUUGAGGAUUAUAUCCACUGACCGUCCCAUCAACCUGACGGACCCCAUCACUCAGAUGUACUGCUGCAUCUCGCCAGACCAGCGCUCCUUCCGGCACCCCACGCAGGCGGAGAUCGACAGGCACCACAUCAUUAUCACCACCUCCAUGUUAUCCAAGAACUUGAAGGUUGCCCCAGGCUACUUCACCCACAUCAUGAUCGACGAGGCUGCUCAGAUGCUGGAGUGCGAAGCUUUGGUCCCACUCUCCUACGCCACUUUUGAGACCCGGAUUGUCCUUGCUGGGGACCACAUGCAGAUAACCCCAAAGCUGUUCUGUGUUGGGGAUGGACAAUCUGCUGAUCACACCCUGUUAAACCGACUCUUUCAGUUUUACCAGAAAGAGAGGCAUGAAGUGGCUAUGAAGAGCAGGAUCAUCUUCAAUGAGAAUUAUCGUUCCACUGCAGGCAUAAUUGAGUUUGUCUCCAAGCACUUCUACGUUGGCAAAGGCAAUGCUAUCCAAGCCAGUGGGAACAUCCCACCCCAUCCCGAAAUGUACCCACUCAUGUUCUGCUACGUGUCUGGCGUGGCUGAAAGGGAUAUGUCCAUGAUUUCUUGGCACAACACCUCCGAGAUAAUACAAGUGAUUGAGAAAGUGAAGGAGAUCUAUCAGAGGUGGCCAGAUGAAUGGGGUGUCCGAGAUCUGAAGAGGAUCUGUGUGGUCUCCCAUGGGACGCAGGUUUCUGCAACAAGACAAGAGCUGAGGAAGAGGCAGCUACAAGAUGUGGUGGUAGAAAACUAUGAAAACUUGCCAGGGCGGGAGUUCCGGGUCAUCAUCAUCAGCACGGUCCACACCAGUGAGAGCCUGUGCGUCUCGGCCUCCCACCACGAGUUCUUCAACGAAGCCAGAGUGCUCAACACAAUCAUGACCCGGGCUCAGUCGCUGGUUGUUGCGGUGGGGGAUGCCGUGGCCUUGUGCUCCCACGGCCAGUGCAGCAAGGUGUGGAAGCGCUUCAUCCAGCAGUGCAUCGAGAAGGGGAGCGUCUUCCCGGAGGACCUAACGAUGGCCCAGAUCAAACAGGCUGCAUGCGACCAGGAGAUCUGGAGCAGGAGGAGCCCGGAGAGGGAUGAGGAGGACAGCGACACGGAUUCCUGGAGCUCUGAGGCUGAGAGCGUGAAUCCCGACGAUCCCAUCCUCCAGGAGCUCUUAGAUGAGAGCAAGAACGUGCUGGUGACGGUGUCCGAAGAAGGGCUGCUGAAUGUGAAGUCUGAGACUUCAAACCUGUGGGAAGACAGGCAGGAAUACGUCAGCUUCUCUUCUCAGACGAUGCAGGAGUAUCUGCACAUGCACCCCAAAAUGUACAAGAGGUGCGAGCUGAUCAAAGAAGGGUUCGACAGAGCUUCUGCCUUCACCCUCAACGACUCCCCUGCGAUGACCAUUCAGAUCAAAGGCAGAGUUCACUGCGGGACGGCCUUCACUGGGGAUGAGGUGCUUGUGGCAAUCCUGCAGAGCAGCACGGCUGACAGCGGCAGCCACCGCCCUCAGGGGAAGGUGGUGGGCAUCUUCAAGCGCGCGGAGAGAGAACGGACCUUCAUCUGCAUGAUGGACGAAUUUGAUCCCCGGGUGAUGAUACCCAUCGAUCCCACUGUCACCAAAAUAUUCGUCCCAGGGCUGAAAGAGAAACCCAACGUCAUUCCCAUCCGCAGGCUUGUCAAUGGGAAGUACAGAGUGGUCAGCUGCGAGAAGAUCAGCCAGGAGACGAGGAGAUGCCAGUUAUUUUGCGUCCAGGUAAUCUCCUGGCGGGAAGGGUUUUACUACCCUUUGGGGAUAAUAACUGAGAUUCUGCACGCAGCAUUGACUUUAGAAGAAGGCUUAAAGAUCCUUGACUUGGAGUAUGGUUUGGACAAGAAAUACCCAGUUACUGUCACCAAGGAGUCAGCCAAAUACACCUCCAGCAGCAAACUAAACCUCACCAAGGAAAAUCUGAAGGACUGUCGGAGUUACGUAACCUUCACUGUCGACCCCCAAGGUGCCAGGGAUUUGGACGAUGCUGUCAGCGUUAGGGAUCUUGGGCGUCACUAUGAGAUUGGGAUCCACAUUGCAGACGUGGCUGGCAUCAUUCCCAAAGGCAGCGCCUUGGACCUGGAAGCAAAGAAGCGGGGUGUCACCUACUACGCUCCCAACCAGGAGCCUCUGUGCAUGUUCCCACCCCACAUUAGCCAAGACGUCUGCAGCCUCCUGCCGCAGAAAGAUCGUCGGGUGAUCUCCUUGUUUGUCACCGUAGAAAAGGAGACUGAUGAGAUGUUAAAGGAAGUCUUCACCAUCUCUGUGAUCCGCUCGGACAGGCAGCUGUCCUAUGAAGAGGCAGAGCUCUGCAUUAAGGACCGCUACAGGGGAGCGGCAGGGGCUCUUCAUUUCGAUACCCUGGAGGACUGCAUAGCUGUGGCUUAUCACUUCUCCAGGAUCCAUCGGAAGUUUCGGCUGCAGGAGGACUGUUUCUAUGACCGGCUGGACGAGGAAAGCUCCCCAGGUAACAGGGGAUCCCAUCAGAUGAUAGAGGAGUUAAUGAUCAUGUUCAACAGUUUCGUGGCCGAGUUCCUCACCAACCAGGAGGACACCAGAAAUGUCACUCCUCUCCGGUGUCAGUGUGAGCCAAGCUCUCAACAGUUGUCACUCAUGAAAAACAAGUACAGCCACAUCCUUCCUUUGUCCAUCCAUCUCUCGCACCACCUGGGAGAGGUGCCUCCUGGCCAAGACUCCUCUAAAAAUGUGGAGUUCAGUCUCUUGGCCCCCAUCUGGGAGCACCUGCAGUCAGCCGCUAACGUCCGUGACUUCCACAAGAUGCUAGACCUUAUCGUUACUGAUGACAUCCACCCAAAGCUGGCCCCCGUGGCCCUGGAGUUCAGGAGACUGCUCAGCCGCUCCUAUUUCAGUCGCUCCAACUCCACCGUCCAGUCGAAAGCAGGCCAUUACUCCCUGCACGUUGACUCGUACACCUGGGCUUCCUCUCCCAUCCGCCGGUACGUCGAUGUUGUGGUCCAGCGGCACCUUCAUUCCGUGCUCUGCAAGAAGCCCAUCGUCUAUUCUGCAGACGACAUUGAGUUUCUCUGUCAUGACUUCAACAGGAAGAAUUCCCAGGCGACGAUGUACGAGAAGAGAGCCCACUGUCUGCAGAUGGCCACCCAGCUGAAGGGCCAAGUCCUGCAGAAGGUCGCCUUCGUAGUGAACAUCGAAGGGAUGAACAAGUAUUUUAAAGUCCUGUUUCCACUGAACAAAGAGAGUCUUCCGGAUCCCCAGAUAAUUAACUACAGGUCUCUUCAGCUGAUAGAGCAGCCCGUGUUCAUCCAGCAGCGGAGCAGCAUCAGGCUGACGUGGAAGAGGAGGAUGUACUCUGUGGAGACAAUGAAGGAGCACAGCCUGCGGGAAGGACCUCUCCGCGACCGCAACAUCACCCUCUUCAGCACCCGGACUUGGCAAGACGUGCUCACAGCCAUCAAGAGCGAGGAGUUUGAGACCGCUGCCUGCCUCCUUCGGAAGAGCGAGGAGCUGCACCAGCGGCACAUGGGCUGGGUAAGGAAGAGCCAGUGCUCGCACUACGUGGAGCUCUUCCUGGAGCUGAGCGCCGGCGAUGCGCUGCAGUUCCAGCUCACCACGGACAUCUGCCGGGGCUUCCUGGUGCCCUUCGUGCAGCUGUGGUGCGUGACGCCGGGUUUCGACGUCUGCCUGCAGCACUCGGAAAAGCCUAUUGAUUGCUUCUCUGCCUACGCCACCCUGCUGUCCAAAGACAAGUACAAGCACGCAACAGAGUAUAACAAGGUAUGGAUGCCGAUGAGCGCCAUGGAGUCUGCUUCGUGUGCAGUGGCCGAAAACGACUCGAUUGUCCUCCAUGAUGUCAAAAUAACCUGGGCAAAGCAAAGGACAAGAAAAGGGCAGCUGCAAGGGAGUUUCCUCCUAAACAAGCAAGUUUUGAAGGAGUGCUCCAUUGAAGUGGACUUCAACCACUGUUACUUGUGCAUUCGCUUAGGUGGGCUGAAGCUUCAAAGCGAUGAGGAAUACCUUAGCCACAGCCUCCAGAACCUGACUUUUCUUAACAAGGGCAGUUCAGAAAGCAAACUUGUGGUUGAUCCAGAUACCUACACCUGGGUGGCUCACGGGGUCACUGAAGAGUUCAGCGACGACGAGAAGUCAGACAGGACUAGUCAGCAGACUAUGAACUUUUACAUCCACUAUAUGUCUAUGGAGAACAUCCCUGUGGAAAUCUCACAGGCCUCUGCCAGGUUCACGGUGGAGCUCAUACCAAAGAUGCUGCCAGACGUACGGAAAGAAAAGGCAAUUUGGAGGCUCAAAUAUGCUUCCGAGCUUGCUAAAAGCAUCGCCCUCGGCCAUGAACCUCCUAAAAAAGUGACAACGUCCAAAAUCCUGCAGCGAAAAUCCUUUGAUCUCCCUGGCAGCCUCGGGAAGCUUAACCAGAGUCAGAACCAGGCUAUUCUAAAUGCUCUGAGAAAAUCCUUCACGCUCAUCCAAGGCCCACCAGGCACAGGGAAAACCGUUGUUGGAACUCACAUUGUCUACUGGUUCCAUAAGCUGAAUGAGGAGAGCGUCGAGAAGGAGCAAACACUGUUCUCUGAAGAAGAAAAGACCAAGGGGAGAAAGUGCAUCUUGUACUGUGGCCCAUCCAACAAGUCUGUUGAUGUUGUUGCUGAGAUGCUGCUGAAGAUGAAGAACCUGAAACCACUGAGGGUUUACGGGGAGGCCAUUGAGACGAUGGAAUACCCAUACCCAGGCAGCAACCGGCACCUCUACCGCAAAGCCUUGCGGGAUGCAAAACCGAAGCGUGAGCUCAGCGAAAUAAUCCUGCAUCAUCGCAUCCGGCGGCCGCCCAACCCUUUCUGGCAGGAGAUCUGUAACUUUGACACUCGGAUGAAGAAAGGAGAGCAGAUAACAGAAGAAGAAACAAGGAAGUACAAAAAUCAGUUGUCGGCUGCUCGUGCACAUGAACUGACAGGCCACGAUGUCAUCCUGUGCACGUGCUCUGCUGCAUCUGCCACCUCCCUGGAGCAGCUCAAUGUCAAGCAGAUAAUCAUCGAUGAGUGUGCCAUGUCCACGGAGCCCGAGACCCUCAUCCCCUUGGUCAGCCACCACCAUGCUGAGAAGGUUGUUUUGCUUGGGGAUCACAAACAGCUGCGGCCUGUGGUCAAUAAUGACUUCUGCAAGAGUCUUGGCAUGGAGAAGUCUCUUUUUGAGCGCUACCAGAAUCAGGCGUGGAUGCUGGAUGUGCAGUACCGCAUGCACAAAGGCAUUUGCGAGUUCCCAUCCCAGGAGUUUUAUGAAACGCGCCUGAAAACGUGCCCCCAGCUUCUUCGUAAACCCAGUGUCUUCUACCACAAAGAUAACAGCUGCUGCCCUAUCAUCUUCGGGCACGUGGAGGGGAAGGAGCAGAGCCUCAUGAUUUCCACUGAGGAAGGAAACGAGAACUCCAAAGCUAACCCAGAAGAAGCGGAGCAGGCGGUGAGGAUGGCGAAGCAGCUGACACUAGAUGGCACCAUCCAGCCGGAGAGCAUCGCCAUCCUGAGCCCCUACAACGCCCAGGUGUCGGAGAUCAGCAAGAGCCUCCUGAAAGAGAGCAUCCAUGGAGUGACCGUCUGCACCAUCAUGAAGAGUCAAGGAAGUGAGUGGAGAUAUGUGAUCCUGUCGACUGUACGCUCCUGCCCCCAAUCAGAGAUCGAUCGGAAGCCCACAAAGAGCUGGCAGAAGAAGUACCUGGGGUUUGUUACCGACCCAAACCAGGUCAAUGUCGGCAUCACGCGAGCUCAGGAAGGACUCUGCAUUUUAGGGAACCGGUACCUCCUGGAGUGCAACCCUUUGUGGAGGAGACUGCUGCAGCAUUACAGACAGCACAACUGCUAUACUGCAGCCCAGGGGAUUUUUGUCAGGAAGACUUCAGCCCUCCGCCGAUGAGGAUGGGUUGUACCUCGAUGAGCUCGUCCCUCUCUACCUGAACUGCGUUACGUGUGCCUUGGGAAGGACGCAAUCUUUCCAUUCUUUCAUGACCCAUGGAGCCAAAUGCCGCGGGGGUGCCGGGAUCUUCCCCUGCGCAGUGACAGCUCAGCUUCGGUGCGUGCUUUGGCAUCUUGGGGGUUUUUUUAAUCAGUGCAACCUUGGACAGGAACUUUCAGCUCUAGCAAACCAAAAAGCAUUGGAAAUGGAUGGAUGGGUGUGUGACUUUAUUGAUGAUGAUCCUGGUUUUUUAACUGUAAGAUGCUCAGCAGAGCCCCCAUCCUAUCUGCCAGUGCAGCUGCGCUUUGGGGACCAAAUACUCAGUCCAUUCAUCGAGGGUGGAAUGACUGCACGCAACGGAGCCGUGCAGCAAGCUGCCAUUUGCCAUAGAGGACCAAAGCUUCUGAGUACUACCACUCAUUUUAAAACCAAGGCCAGGGAAUUUUUAAGGCUUCUCAUUUCUCAACGCAGAAAACCAACUUUUUUUGUUUUGGGGGUUUUUUUUUAAGUGAAGGAAGAAAGCAAAGAGAGAACCAUGUACCACUCUUUGUCUGGCCAAAACGCUGUUCUCUGAGCGUGUAAAUAUCACAGAGCGAAGGCCAAGUUGAUUUUGUAAAUAGAUUUACUUAUUCUUUGUACAAAGGAGGUUGUCCUCACCAGCAUAAAGUUAAUGAAAAGCAAGGACCGCUCCUACCAGGAAACGUUGGAAUUUGUAAGCAUAUUUUAAACUGUUCUGAGUUUUAGUUGAAAUCUCCUCCUGUAAGAGCCCCCCUUUCCUACCCCAUAUUUUUUUAAAGCUGCUUCUAAUUUAUUAACUUUUAACUCCGUGAAUUUGUUUCACAGUCUUAUAGCCUGAGUUUUUAAGAGCGGUGAUGGAAAUUUGAUAAAUGUACCACAGCAUAUAUAUGUGUAUAAUGUAUUUUUUUAUUUUAAGUAGCCAAACUGCUGUGAACUGGAAGCUGUGAUUCACUAGAGAAAAGCUGCUUUUGCCCGGUAACGUAUGGCUGAUACAGAUGUAUAGCGGUGAAGCGGUGCUCUCUGCUGAAUCAUGGAGCUGCUUUUUGAAGCAUGAUAGUUUUGAGGGAGGGUGUCUUUUAUCUCAUUUCAAUUCUGAAUGUAUGAAGUGCCUGCCUCGGCUCUCCCCAAGACCACACGCUUGGCUGUCUCUAGAUGUUCACGUGGGUUGGAGCCAAGAUGCAAUCACGGUGGUUUUGCACCAGGUCUAUACUGUGCUGGGACACAAGUCCUCCUUGGCGUAAGUGAGGGGUCCCCGUGACUUCACAGCGCUACGGCAGGGAUGAAUUUUGUCCUGUGUUUGCAACUGAAAAUGCAGCAUGGCUCUUUCCAGUGUGCAGGAAUGUGCAAUAAGAAAGCGUUGUGUCUGGUAAAGUCCUUAUUUAAUGCUGUGUUUCUUCUCGUGACUCUGUGUUAGACUUGACUCAACCUAUGGAGAAAUUUUGUUGUUCUCUUCCUUAUUUUAAACUACCUUCCUGCACUUCUGCAUUUGGUGGGUUUGAUCUGUACGCUAGAGACCACCCAGGCUUGCUCUUGUCUUACUGAAGCAUAAUAACGGGCAUAUGGCUGGCGAUGCCAUGAGGGACAAAAGCCUGUAGGAAGUAACUCCUGCUGGUUCUAAAGAUGCUCGAGAAAAGCUGUAAAGUUCAUUGCUCCUCUUUGAAGUCAUCCCGGCUGGGAUCUUAAAAGAUUCUGCGCCAGCCUGAUUUUGCAAAUAUGAUUGCAAUUCCAAAAUAAGCUUGUAUGGGAAUAAUUUUGUGGAGUACUGGAAUGCACUCAUGUAUCUCCCAGCUGAUGUGGAGAAUUGCAAAAGAUGCUGGAAUUGUUGGGAUAAAUACUUUACCAUGGUGCCAGCAUCAUUCUAACAAAGUCAUCUUGGUCCCUUUGGAACCAGCGGGUCUCAUUUUCAUGAUCUAAUGUAAGCGAAGAGUCUCUCCGCUGGUUUUUUUGCUGGUUAUUUCAUUACACGUAACACAAAUGAGGAGACUCACCCCAAGUGUAGUGGCUUAGUCCACUGCUCUUGUGUGGGGUUUGGCCAUGUGUUCGUGUAGACCAAGAAAGAGACCUCACAAAGCAUCUCCCUUUGCCUUCAGCAGGGAAAAACUGUUUACUGCUACUCCUUGGAGGGUAAAGCCUAGACUGAAAUGCUUUGCUUGGUCACUCACCUCUGUGUUGCAAGACAAUAUACUUCCCCCCCUCCCCGAAGAUGCAUUUUGUAACUGGUGUUUAGAAAACGCUGCCCUAGACCACCCAAGCAGCCAGGCUGGACUCUUGGGCUGUUUGGGCUGUGAGCAGGUACCUGUAGAGUUGGUCAUGCGGCUGCAAUAGUCAGGGAUAGCAGAAAGUGCAAUUAAUCAAACUUUUUAUAGACUGUUAGUGACAGCUGAGUAUCGUGUUCUUGUCCUGAUGCUUAUGGAUAGAAUCGUAGAGAUUAAUAGAGAAAAAACAGUUCAACGUAGUCCGGUUUCAUUUGCACACAGAGCUUUGAAUUUACUUUUGAAAGAAUUUUAUGUUGGAGCACAUAUUCUUAAAAUACUUGUAAAAAACAAAACCACCAAACCUUCGGUCAUUCCAGUAGGAAACCACUGGCAGCAUGGUGCACAGGGUAUCUCUCCGAUCACAGGCUCUACGUUUUCCGCAGCUCACAGACAAAAGAACAUUGUUGCAGGACACAAAUGUCAAUUCAUCCAACAGGAUAACUUAAUUUCCUCGGCACUAGCUAGAGCUUGAGCCCAAGCUGAACAACGGGAACCUGCGUACGCAGCAAGCGGUGUGCCAGGCGUCAGCCUGUGACGGUUCGUGCAGUUGGAGCCAUCGCCUUGCAUCCUGCUCGGACUGGCAGUGAAAUUACAGACGUCCAGAACUAGGAAACCUCUCCUUGGCUUCAGCUGGCAAAGGAGAAGCCCACUGGACUUGUUUUUUGGACCGAUCUGUGUAGGACAAUCAAUUUACUGCAAUAAAUUGUUGGGUUUUUUAAAAAUAGAAAUGAAAUGUUAAGUGUCAUGAAGUGUAAAUUAAGGAACUUUAAACGUGGCAGGUUUUUAUCUUUUGUAUGUCUGUGACUUGCAGCAAACCUCAAAUGACGUUUUGGAUACAAAUAUUUUUACCUGCUUCUACCGUUUAUAAGAAUGAACCUCAACAUUCCUUUUUUGAUAUUUAAGCCAUAAUUGUAAAAAUGAUUUGAAUUUAUUUAAAUAAUAAAUUUUAUUACUAA